AUGCACUUGCUUUCGUCGGACUGGGAGCACAUUGCCGCCCACGCCGCUUCAAUUCUGAAGGACCUUCCUGCUGUCCAUGGUACCGCCGCGAAGUGCACCAAACCCUCUCAAAGCAUACGGCAACGAUGGGACCAGCUUCACCUAAGAAUCAGCAACCAUUCCGCUUUUCAGAAUGGAAUGGACCUGCUGCACUGCUCCUCCGACGUUCAGAAGGAGCUUGCACAUCUUUACACUUCAAGCCUCGAAGACAUAAGGGUGUCUUGUAUUGAGGCGUUCGAGUCCACGAUGCGCAAUUUGUCCGCCGCCGUCCACGACCACGAGCUUGAUAUUUUCCGGAGAUCGGAAGAGGCAGUGCGCAAGAGAUUCACAGAUCUUUUCACAUUUGAAUCGGAGACAAUGCGCGUCAAGCUUUUGGAGGAAAUAGACCGUGCUCGUCAACAGGUCGUCUCUUCAGAUGCGCGAGCACCGGCCUCACCUUCCUCGAGGGAGGCAAAGUCCACUUCAAUCAACGAUGGGGUGAAUCAAAUGAACGGAACCUUUGAUGCAGUCGUCAACAAGAUCCUCCUGAGCGCAUUCACUCAAUUUGAACACCUCACGAAGGGCGAACGACUGGCACUGGCGAAACGCACCGGCCUGAGUCAAAAGCAAGUUGCAACUUGGGUGAGCUCACUUCAGUGCUUCAAUCCUUUCCGGCCGGCCUAGAAAUGACAUUGUUUUGUGUUAGUUUGCAAACCAACGUCAGCGAAGAAGUCGACAAGAGACCGGCCCUAUCGAGGAUCAGAUAUCACAGCCGUCACUCAAAGAGCUUGAUGCGGACUAUGCUUCAAGAUCAUCCCAACCGGUGGCACCUCCGCUGUUUGUUUUGACCGACCAUACGAAGGGAUCAACUGUCGACAUGCCGGAGUCACGCCAGCGCGUUCCCGCUGUACCAUUCCCCACAACAUCCCCGAUCGUCCAGCCCCUGACCGACUUUGGCCCUAUCUUCAACCGCACGCCGAUCGCAUCCCACGACAGCGACGUUUCGAGCCUUUCUUAUCAAAUUGACUCAUCAGACUUCUCCGUUGACUCUCUCGAUUCAAACUGGAGCCAAGACGCCCCCGACAGCUACUACGGUCUCCCACUUCCGCCGGCAAGCGACAUGCAAUUCUCGUUCGAGCUUCCUCCAACCGAAGCGAUUGAGCACUUCGACUACUCGCCCGACAACUCGAUCUGGAACGCCUUCGACUCGUCUUUCUCUUCUUCUUCUUCGUCCGCGGACUCGUACCUCGACGAUUAUACGUUCCAACCACCGAUGAGUGCCGAGGUUGCCACCCCUCUGACAUGUGGACUCCUGACUGCUCGUCAAGCCACGUUCGCCGAAUCGCCUUCGUCUUUCGGCUCGCCCCCACUAUCGACGCCGGACGUCGAGAUGGACAUGGAUGCUGAUUCUGUCUUCGGACAUAUCUCCGAGUUUGGAGUUCUAACCGCCUCUUCGAACACCGGACUCGCUUCGGCAUCACCCAAUUAA